CGGAAAUGAGCUUACUCCCUUCUUUUUUCAAUACUCAGGGGUCUAACACGGUCCCUAUAAGUCCGUUCAGCCUCUUCCUUUGCGCGAUCGACUCAGCUUGCCUUGCUCUUUUGAAUGACAGCUCAUUUGUCGAAAUAAGGUGGGCCAACAAAUCCUUCUACUGGAGACCGACCGAGACGCGAUCUCGAUUCUCGUACAACAUUCCCCGUCCGGUCUCUAGAUACGACAUUACUUCCUUUUUUGUCACUGGCCAUUAUUCCUUUUUAGACAUCUUUCCUGUUUUGGUCUAUCGGUAA